AUGGUCAGCUGUAUAAAAGGCGGGGUAGAGUAUGUUUCCAUAGCGAUGGGCUCCAAGACCAGCAUCUACGUCUCCUCCGACACGAGCAUCAAGGUCAAGAAGUCAAUCAUCUGUCCCAAAAAGACUACGCUAGGGAAGCUCAUCGCGACCGCGAAUGAGAACAGCAAGCUAUGCACAAAACCCGGCUGCGGAAGCACUGUGGUAUCCCGCAAAGCAGAUGCUCUGUCUGCUUGGGUGUGUAACCGCUGUGGUGACCCAGCCCAAAUGUCCCCUGCCAGGACUGAGGCGGAGACGAUGAUCCUCUCGAUCAUCGAGGAGGAGGAUGGGGCGAUGAAAGCCACAACCAAGCGCCGUGAGCGCUAUUUCGAAAUUCUUGAGAGAGACCACCCCGCAGAGUGCGGUCCUCCUGGCGCGUUCAUCUCGCACGCGUGGGCCGCGAAAUGGGGAGCUCUUGUCGGCGCGGCCUCAUACGGUUGCUCAGAUGGGGAUCGGCGCGUCUGGGUCGAUGUCUUUGCAGUUUGUCAAUGGCCAGGUAGCCCGAUCGACCUGGACUUCCACUCUGUGGUUGAGAGAUGCGGGUCGUUGAUACUCGCCAUCAGCCACGAAGUGAUUGAAGAAGCUGAUCUCGACUCAAGGAAUGUUCCUAUAUAUCGAACAGCAGGAAACAACUUCAGCACACUUUUAGAUGCUGGUGUGCGCCGGAAGUUGCCUCUGGCGCGAUCAUGGUGCCUGGUCGAAUUGGGGCCGGCCUAUCGUGCGCAAAAGAGCAUGAUAGCAGUCACUGGCGAGUCUGCACUUGGCAAGGCGAGUGCCGGAAAACACUUGCUGAAGCUUCCAGCAGUUGAUACUGUUGAAAUAGGUCAUUGGCACUGGGCGUCCAAUCGCGGCUCUAGUGACAUUGUCAAACUUCUGAUCGACUGUGGUGCGAACAUCGAGGCUCGGACGGCCGAUGGCACGCGGCCUUUGAUAACAGCCGCGCUGAACGGGCAUGAUAACAUCCUGACGCAGCUCAUCGAUGAGGGUGCUGACGCCAAGGCGACCAACGACUUGGGUUGGAGUAUUGUCGAUUGCGCGAUGGUGGAGGGCCAUCAACACGUGCUACGAGCAUUGCAGCGAGGGUUGACCUGA